UACCUGCGCGAAAUCCUGACGGCCAAGGUCUACGACGCCGUGGUGGAGACCCCACUGCAGCCUGCCACCCAGCUGAGCCAGGCACUCCAGAGCACCCUGCUCCUGAAGAGGGAGGACCUGCAGCCCGUCAAGUCGUUCAAGCUGCGGGGGGCCUUCAACUGCAUGACGCAGCUGACUCCAGAGCAGCUGGCGGCCGGCGUGAUCACCGCCAGCGCCGGGAACCACGCGCAGGGCGUCGCAUUCUCCGCCAAGCAGCUGGGCUGCGAGGCCAUCAUCUGCAUGCCAGUGACCACCCCCGCCAUCAAAGUGGCGGCGGUGCGUGCCCUGGGCGCGGGCGUGGAGCUGGUGGGCGAGACGUUUGGCGAAACCAACACACACGCCCAGGCGCGCGCGGCGGCGGAGGGCCGUACCUUUGUCCCGCCCUUCGACGACCCCUACGUCAUCGCCGGCCAGGGCACGGUGGCCGCCGAGAUCCUGCGCCAGACCGACAUGGACUCCCUGGACGCCAUCUUCGUCGCCGUGGGCGGCGGUGGGUUGAUCGCGGGCAUCGCCGCCUACGUCAAGGCGGUCAAGCCCGGGAUCAGGGUGUACGGCGUGGAGCCGGCGGGGGCCAACGCCAUGGCGCAGAGCCUGGCGCGAGGCCGGCGCGUACAGUUGUCGCGCGUCGACGGCUUCGCCGACGGCGUGGCGGUGAAGCAGGUGGGCGCGGAGACCUUCCGCCUGUGCCGGGCCCUGGUGGAUGGCGUGCUCCUGGUGGACAACGCGGCCAUCAGCACCGCCAUCAAGGACGUGUUCAACGAGACGCGGUCCAUCCUGGAGCCGGCGGGCGCGGUGGCGGUGGCAGGGGCCAAGGCCUUCCUGCGCCGGCCCGAGGGCAGGGGGGCCACGGUGGUGGCGGUGACCUCAGGGGCCAACAUGAACUUCGACCAGCUACGGGUCGUGUCAGAGAUGGCUGACAUCGGGGGCGGGGCGGAGGCCAUGCUGGUCACCACCAUCCCAGAGGACCGCGGAGCCUUCCUAAACUUCAUGGAGAUUGCGCUGGGGGGCAGCCCGGUGUCCGUCACCGAGUUCAAGUACCGGCACUCGAGCGCCGACGCCGCCCACAUCCUGUUCUCCAUCUCCCUGGCGCCGCACUCCCCGGAGUGCACGGCCGUCGUCCGGCGGGUGAACGACGCCGGAUUGGCGACGCGGGACAUCAGUAACCUGGAGCUCCACCUGCGGCACCUGGUGGGCGGGCGGGCGCGCAUCGAGGGCGGCCGCCAGUUGGUGCACGAGCGCAUCUUCCAGGUGGACUUCCCCGAGGUGCCGGGGGCGCUGUACCGCUUCCUGCGCCGCCUGUCCCCCAUCUGGAACAUCACGCUCUUCCACUACCGGAGGACAGGCCGGCAAUCGUCUGGGGUCCUGCUGGGGCUGCAGGUCCCGCCCGAGGACUCGGCGCUGCUCCAGACCUGCAUCGCCGAGCUGGGAGCGCAGUACACAUUCACGGAACUGGGCAAGGAGGGCAAGGAGGUGUUUGACAUGUUCAUCUCGUGA